AGGUAAACAAAUUUCAUGCAAAGUUGUGAAGUACACUCUUCUUGUUAAGACACUCAGCGUAGUAAAAGACACGGGAAUGGUUCCGCCUCUCAGUACUGCCUCGCAAUAAUAGCCCGUGUUAUCUUCAUCGGCCAUGUCCAAGGUGGAGGCUCUGGAGACCUUGAAGGCCCAUUUUGGCCAUGAAAGCUUUCGCUCAUCUGAUCAGGAGAAGGCUGUUCUGGCCGUGCUCGCCGGUCAGAAGGACGUGUUUGUGUCCAUGCCUACAGGAUCGGGUAAAUCGCUCAUCUAUCAACUCCCGGCCGUCAUGGCGGGUCCCAAGAAAGUCUCCAUCGUGGUGUCGCCUCUUAUCGCUCUGAUCAAGGAUCAGAUGGAACACUUGGCCAAGAACAAGAUCCAAGCCGAGACCAUCAAUUCCAAGAUGGGCGAGAAAGAUCGGAAGCGCGUUUUGGCAGAUCUGUCCUGCAAAGCGCCCAACACGCAAUUGCUUUAUGUCACGCCAGAACAAUGUGCCACGGGCACGUUCAAGGGUGUGUUAGAGCGAUUGGUCAAGUAUGACAAGUUGGCCUAUUUCGUGAUUGAUGAGGCGCAUUGCGUGUCCCAAUGGGGACAUGAUUUCCGACCGGAUUACUUGAAAUUAGGCUUGCUUAAGAGUCAAACCGGAAAACAAUGUCCGUGGAUCGCUUUGACUGCUACGGCCUCCACCACUGUGGUGGAAGAUAUCUUGAAGCAACUCAAACUGAAACGUGUCCAGAAGUUCAAGAUCCCGUGUUUCAGGCAGAACCUUUACUACGACGUCCGGUUUCGUGACGCCAUUGACGACGAGUUUGAGGAUCUGAAAGGAUUUGUGCUCGAAAGUCUAGGGUCUAAAUGGAAUGAGAAUCGAACCGUACGGAGUGGAUGCGGAAUAAUCUAUUGCCGAACCCGUGAUGGCACCGAGGAGCUAGCUCAUCAAUUGCAGCGUCGGGGCGUGCCUUGUCAAGCGUAUCACGCCGGAUUGAAAGACAAGGAGCGCAACGGAGUGCAAGAAGAUUGGAUGAGCGGCAAGAUGCCCAUCAUCACCGCCACAAUAUCGUUUGGUAUGGGGGUGGACAAAGCCUCGGUUCGGUUUGUGGUUCAUUGGUGCGCUCCCCAGAGUGUGGCGGGCUACUAUCAGGAAUCGGGUCGCGCGGGUCGGGACGGGUUGCCCUCGUUUUGUCGGAUAUACUACUCUCGUCGAGAGCGGGACACCGUGUCUUUCUUGAUGAAGCAAGACUUGGGCAAGGCCAAAACCGAACGCAAGAAGGAGCAAGUCAAGGUGUCCAUCAAGAGCUUUCACACCAUGGUCAAGUAUUGUGAAGGAACGAGCUGUCGACACGCAGUCUUCAGUCAAUUCUUUGGCGAUGAUCCUCCUGUUUGUCAGAAACGUUGCGAUGUAUGCUCAAAUAUCAAGCAGGUCGAGAAAAACGUCGAGGGAUUCUCUAACGCCUCCCUUAGAGGAUCCGAAUAUCGAAGUCGACCCAUGAUGAUCACGGGAGAGCCCGAUGACAGCCUCUAUGAAGGUGGCAAGAAGGGUUCGAAGAGGAGUUUUGAAGAUUAUGACGGUGAGGAGGAUGAUUUUGAUCCCAAAGCUGCGGAAGCUCGUGCCAGAAAGGAACGGGAGACGAUGAUUAAAAAAGAGUUUCAGGCCAGAAAGUCCAAGAAGAGCCGGAAGGAGCUGGUUGACUUAGAGCGGAAUCGUACCAAGGAAGAGGAGGAAGCAGCCAAGUAUGCCAAGGUCAAAGCAGCCGAGUUCACGGCCAAGAAAAUUGCCGGCCUCGAGAUCAAGGCCAGAGAGAGUUACCUGAACCUCUUGGAGACAAAUCUACGGGCGAAUUACGAUCAAUUCGGCAAGUUUGCUUCAUCCGAUGAAGUCUCAGCCAAGCCUCUAACCUUGACGGAUAUCAGCCAAUGUGCCAUUCAAGCCGAAUAUGAUAUCUUCAGCAAGAACAAAGUCAUCACCAUGUAUCGCAGAGGCAUGGCUUUCCUCAUGGCCGAGGUCAAGAAAGAAACAGAUUCGUGGAAGCUACAUAAAUGCUUGUCCCAAUUUGAUCCCUCCCAAGCAUCCUCAGAGGGCCAGAGACUGUCCAAAUUUGCGGAAAAAGUGAGUAACGAAAUGAAAACCAACGGCUCUGAGAUGCCCAAUGGCGUUUUUCAGUCAGCUCUGAGUUUGAGUAGAGAAAAUGACUCCAAAUCAAAGCCCAACCAAAACCAGUCAAAGGAGGCCAUGGUUUUCAAAUCGUUCUUCACCAAUAACCAAAGUUCGACUCCGAGUGGAAGUAACGGCGUGUCAAGUUAUGAGGGACCCUUACCCGGAGGGUCGAUAUCCCGACAGGAUUCCACAGACUCCAGUACGAAAUCAUACAGCAAGAAAACUCAACAUGUGCUCAAGACUUUGGGCUUUGGCGGAAGUGAUGAGGAAGAAGAUCCAUCGGGAGUCUCAGUUGAGGAGCCCACUGGGCUCAAUUUCUAUCGGGAUACCACCUCGUCCACAGCGCAUCCGGUCAGUCCUUCUGAUGCCUCGUCCUCGUCGCCGGAGAUUUCCCACCUCGAAGAUAAAGAUACUCUCACGCCCAACAACAAUGAAACGAACGAGUCUUCCCCUCACUCAGACACCAAAGAAGACUUGAAGGAGGUGGAUCCAGAGAUUGAAGAGUAUCAAAACAAGCUAGAAGAAAUCUUACCCCCUCCCGAUGAGGGAAACAGAGGUCUGACUUGGUCCAACUGGAAUGGAUACACUCCUGAAAAGGCCUCAAAGCUAGAAGACACCAUAACCAAGAUGCAGCGACAGAUGGCCGAAGACAAUGAUGCCAUGGAGUAUGAGAUGAAACUGAAGCGAAAAGAGGCCCUUGAUGAUGGCAGAGAACAGAUACCUGAACCAAACAAGGAGACUGUUCAAGCCGAAAAGGGCAAGCGGAAAGAAUCCCCGAAGAAGAUCAAGGUGCGUGUUGAGACCACACGUUCAAAGCGACCUCCCAAAUCCCAUAUCCCCCAUAUUGACCGAGCACCCAAAAAGCCGAAAAUCUCGGAAAGAGACCCAACUCAUCAGAGCAAGAUCGAGAAGCGACUCAAAAUCAAAACGGCAGACAGUGUGGUGAAGUUGUUGGUGCCCUAUUUCAAGCAAGGCAAGAUUGCUUCGAAGGAAGUGUUCAAGUAUUUCGCUCGAGAGUUCACCCAUGUGAUAUUAGAAGUGACCAAAGAGCCCUCGUCCGAGAUUCUGACCAAGUAUGUGCAAAAAUUCUUUAAAUCAAAUCGUGAUGCCAUUAUUCUCACCGAAAACGAGGCCAAGCUAAAGAUCACAAAAUUUCACGACCACGUCAGGUUAUCCUGAAAGCUCAUCGUCCAUGAUGUGUAGUGUAUUUCGAUUUUAUAAGCAAAAAUAAAUAAUAUCUCCCA